AUGAGCAAUAGUUUGUCCAAAAGCAGUCCAUGGCAAAGCGGCCUGAAGGUGGCUGAAGGUUCCACCCCCUCAGAGCGCAACCGCAACCACAACCACAGGCGCGCUUCGGCAAGACGACGCUGCACGGAGAAGAUUACAAUAGCGCAAUAUGGCAUCAGCACAACGACAAUGGCAGAAUACUGCUCAGGCCGGGUGUGUCCAGACUCUCGUUACUCAUCAGCAAGAUCAUCCAGCGUGGAAUCGCCAAGCUGGCAAGCCCGGAUGCAUGAGGCAGGCAAAGACACUCAUCUCCCCUGUCUGCCCAUGGCACUUUCACGGCUCGCCGAGGUGUACUCCGACGCUUGA